AUGUUUGCUUCAGUUAGCCUCACGACCCUUUUGUUCCUUCUGCUAUCCCAGGAUGCAUCGGGAGCACCAACAACAUCAACGGCUGUCGUAGGGCGGAGCAUGCCUAUCCGCAGGCUUAACCCUUCUUCACAGAACUUCACACUGGUGGCUCAGCAAGCAAAAGACCAAAGAGAUGUGCUUGUUGUGAAGUAUAGUGGCCAGUCGCUUCAGCAGAGGGGUACUGGGUAUAACCUGUGUGUAAAAUCUUUCAUGUCCCAAGUCUACUACGGAACCAUAGCAAUUGGGACGCCGCCAGUGUCCUAUGAUGUGAUUCUCGACACCGGUUCGUCCGAUCUCUGGCUGACUAGCUCUACUUGCGGAGCAGGCUGCGGAACUAGCCCUACGUAUGAUCCUGCGAAAUCGUCUACUUUCCAAAAUCUCUCGACACCAUUUGAGAUUCAAUAUGGCUCUGGCGCAGUGGCUGGUUAUGUUGCUGAGGAAACUGUUCAGAUGGCUGGUUUCUCGGUGGCAAAACAAGGCUUUGGCGUUGUCAAUGCUCUUUCGUCAGCCUUCAACACGAACCCUGUAUCAGGAAUAAUGGGUCUUGCCUGGAGUACACUUUCUUCCACGCAACAGACGCCCUUCUGGCAAACUCUAGCUAGCGGUGGAAGUUGGGAUUCUGCGUUAUUCGGGGUACAGCUCACACGCUAUGGCAAUGUGUCUGGUGCAGCUCAAAACGAGCCAGGAGGAGUUAUUGACAUGGGUUACACCAACAGCAGUCUCUACACGGGAUCAAUUGAAUACCAUAACCUUGUCGGAACACCGCAAUACUGGGAGAUUAACAUGAACACAUUGACUGUACAGGGAAAGUCCAUUGAUAUCGCAGGGAUCUCGACUGCUAUCAUCGACACUGGAACCACCAACAUUGCAGGCCCCGCCAGUGCUAUUGCGAGUAUCUACGCACAGAUCCCUGGAUCACAAGCAGGAACGGGCCAAUUGGAAGGAUAUUACACUUAUCCCUGCAGUACGACGGUGAAUGUACAGUUCAAUUUUGGUGGCAACGAUUGGUCAAUGAGCUCCGCGGACUUCACGCACUCCCAGGCCAGCACCACGGAGUGCCUUGGGGCUUUCUUCGUAUCCUCAAUCGGCCAAGGAGGCCCUUCAUGGAUUAUUGGCGACGCAUUCCUUAAAAACGUUUACUCUGUCUUCAAGUACAGUCCCGCCUCUGUUGGUUUUGCUGCGCUGUCAGAGACUGCUAUCGCUCAGGAUGGUAUCAAAGGUGCUGUACCAUCCCCGACAAUCGGCGCUGUGACGGUUGCCACAAACACUGGUGCUGCGUCAAGUACUGUGUCAGGAGCCGUGCCAAGUGGUUCUUUGAGUAUAUUGCUAUGUUUCUGGCUAGCCUCUGCAUCGAUAGCUUUUUUGUCCUGGUGAUUUUGUUGAUACGGACAUCUGACAUAAUUACAGGUUGUGUUAAUACGGACAUUUUACAUGAUUAUCCAUUCGUUGCAAGAGAACUUAUGCUGGAGUCAUACUGACCAGAUCAACGCGAGUGCCGUGAACCUUACUGGCACGCUUGCCGCCGCCGCCGCAUCUGGUGACAGCAUGCCCGCCUCUGGCGACUCCCAGGUCGAUAAACCAUUGCCAUAUUCGAUCACUCUUACCGGGUGCAAGCUCCGCGAUUGGUAGCUCGCCUUAGACGACCAUUCGGCGCGUUUUUAGAAGAUAAUCGGAAUCGCUUCGGAUCAUGAUGAUAUCAUUGCCCAAGUCAAGGACAGGGCUUUUGUUCCCCAAAGGACAAUAAACAAGGACAAAAAAAGGCUUUUGUUCACGACAUGAUGGACGUCAUGACCCUAGAGACAUUGUAGUAUGCAUUUCAACUUUUCAAGAAUAAUGAAUGUUAAUGAGUCA